GAUUCGGAGCAGGUUUUUUUGCUCCGUGGCGACGAAACCGCAUUUCACUGGUAGAUUCAGAGUGGAUCCGCGCUUUUCACUGGUAGUUUCAGAGCAGCUCGCUCCGAGGCGGAUUGCUCGCACUGCUCCGCCGACAAGUCGCAGAUUCGGGCGGAAACACGACGAGCAGCAUACGUCACUUCCGUCGUUGUACGUUGCUGAGUUUUGCAAAAUGGCUGCGUUCGCUGCCUUGGCGGAACUUCUGUCUAGCGACGAAAGCACUUCAAGCAGCAGCUCGUCCAGCUCAGACGACGAAGACUUCGAGGAAAGACAAGCGCUAUGCGAAGCCUUCUUUCGGGAAACUUUUUCGGAGUCCCACCGCGAACGUCCCAAAAUUUUGGGGUUCAUCGAGAACGUUGCGCGGCUGUACACAGACGAGCAGGUAAGCGCGGAGCUCCCUCUUUUCAUAAUACUACAUGAACCUAAUUUCAUCUUUUUAUCAUUUCCUUCUCUGCAGUUCCGUCAAGACUUCAGGGUGUCGAGGCGUGUCGCGGAAACGUUGAUCCGUGGUUUUGAAGGCUCGCGUCACUACCCAUGCAGUGAUCGUGGUGGGUCCCCCUCGAAAACCGCGGAAGAGCACAUUCUGGUCUUUCUGUGGUUUGCUGCAAACAAGGCGUGCCUGAGGGACGUUGCUGGACGCUUUGGCAUGGCAACUGCGACAGCAUUUAGAGUCGUGGAGCGCACGCUCGAAUAUUUCCUUGAUAUAGCCGAAGAGGUAAUAUCAUUUCCAGGAGAUCUUGAUCAGCUGUCAGCGGACUUCGAACAAGUGUCAGGAGUGCCCAACACGAUCGGUUGCAUUGACGGAUCCUACAUAAGCAUCCGCUGCCCUGCAAAAAAAGUGCGUUCAACCUAUGUGAACAGGCACAGUUAUCCGUCACUGACACUGCAAGCUCUGUGUGAUCACAAAAAGAAGUUUCUCGAUGUGACUACUGGACACCCCAGCAAGAUUCACGAUUCGAGAAUCUUCAGGACAUCGAGGCUUUCUUCAAAGUUGCCGCAUGUGUGCUGUUCCGGGAAGUACCACGUUCUCGGGGACGCUGCCUACCCGCUUCGAGAUUACCUCAUAACCCCAUUCAGGAAUUAUGGUCACCUUGACGCGAGGCAGCGCGCCUUCAAUUAUCACUUUUCGGCAACGAGAGUGAAGAUUGAGAAUGCCUUUGGAGACCUCAAGGCCAGGUUCCGCCAGCUGCUGCACCUGGACUUUCUGUUUGUAGACAAAAUGAACAAGUUCAUUAUAGCUUGUUGUGUUUUGCACAAUAUGUGCAUUAAUUGUGGUGAUGUGGAUGUGCCGCCGUACAUCGAUGAUGAACAUGCACCGUGGGAAUGGGAGGCACAACCGGAUGAUGUUCACCCCAACAAUGGCCCGCUUGCAUCAACUGAAGAUGCACUGCGUCGCCAAGGCGAGGAGAAGCGUGAGCGCUUAAUGCAAGCGAUGCGCAUUUGAUUUAAAGUUAGGACUGCCUACGUGUACACAAAACAAGAAAC